UGAAUGUAAUGUCAAACAAAACUGAGUUGUGGUAGAGGAAUUCACAUGGUUGAUCCACUCUUUGUGCAUCUCAUAUUCUUCAUCUUCAUUUCUUUUUUUCUUUCUUCUCCUUCUUCUUCUUCUUCUUAAUUACUCAAGUCAACCCUGAACCCCAAAAAACAAAACAAAAAAAAAUUCAAUCUCUUCUUCAUCAUCUUUGUGCCAUUCACACUUUACAAACUUUAUCAUUUUUGUUGAUCCAACAAACUCUAUCUCUCUGUGUAAAAAUGGAGAGUAGUAGCAAUACUUUGAGUUAUUGGGAUCUGAAGCCUCUGAUAAUGAACGAGUUAACACAAGCUAAAGAUCUUUUAAAGCAGCUACAGAACGAUCUUGAUACUUCAUCUACAUCGACGAUUGCUAGCAAAUUAUUAGUAACUAAAGUCAUAUGUUCUUUUGAUAAUUCUGUUUCCAUGUUGAACCGGAUUAAAACAGAUGCGCAACCUACCGCUGCGUCGACCACCACGACGGCCACGGUCAUCAGUCCGCCUGGGGUUAUUAAUUCCAUGCCUAUAGAUUCUAAGGUUAUCGAUCUGACUCUUACGGAUAAGACACCACCACCGACGGCGGCUUCUGCCUACAGGAACCAAACGACCGGUUCAACAACGGCGGCGGCAGGAGGAGCAGCGGGUUCGAUCGAGAGGCCGGCUUCUAUAUUUGAGAAUAAUCCUCCUAGAAGUGAUUCCAGAAGCGAUUAUGAAUAUAAUAAUAAUAAUAAUAAUAAUAAUCCUCGAAGCGAUUAUGAAUCUGAUAUAGCCAAAGACCAGCCCAAAAAGAGGAAAGUACUACCUAGAUGGACAGAAAAUGUGAGAGUUUGCGAACAAUCAGGGCUGGAAGGACCCUUAGAUGAUGGAUACAAUUGGAAAAAAUAUGGACAGAAAGAUAUUCUUGGAGCUAAAUAUCCAAGAGGGUAUUACAGGUGUACACAUAGAAAUGUUCAAGGAUGUAUAGCUAUAAAACAAGUUCAACGGUCAGAUAAAGACCCGUCAUACUUUACGGUUACAUAUCAAGGAAGACAUACUUGUACUCAAGCUUCAGAGGACAUACCAAGGAACACGUCAAGAAGUAAACAUGAUCAGUUGAAUAAAUGUCAAGACCCAAAACAAAAGAAAACCGAAGUACUUAUAAGUUUUCAAACAAGUUCUCGUGAUAAAUCAGUCGAGGAAAUCAGUUUUGCAAAAAGUUGUCAAGUUAGAGCCAAGGAACUCAGUCUUCAGAAACCUACUCAGCUGCCUAAGGCACUGGAAAUCAGUAUCCCGAAAAUUAAUCUUACCAAGGAAAUUAGUAAUCAACAAAGUUCGCUUGCGAAGGAAUUUAGUAUUCAGAAAAGUAGUCAUACUAAGGAGAUCAGUAAUUUACAGAGUUGCCAAACAAAAGAAAUUAGUAGUCUUACUAAGGAUUUCACUCUUCAAAGGAGUAGUUCUGCUAAGGAUAUAAGUAAUCAACAAAGUUGUAUUACGAAGGAAUUCAGUAUUGAGAAAAGGUGUCAUGCUAAAGAAGAGGAUAUCAGUAUUAAGAAAAGUUGUCUCACUAAAGCAGAUUUGAAUACAAAAUUAGAACUCAGACUUUCUUCAUUUUAAUUUUUGGGCUGGAUAGUCAUGGUUUGUUCAGUUAGCUUGUGUUAUUCAUUUAAAGAAUCAAACCCAUAAUUUUUUGGUUAUACUGCAUUUGAAGUGCAUUGAGUUUUAAUCCGACAACUCGUGCUGGAGAAGUGUUACUCUUACAAGGUCCAUCGAAUGGGUUCUAUGGUUGAUGAUCAAGCACCAUUUGAUAUAGUUCUUGCUAUAUGUUCAAUCAGCUCCCCCCAAUUAACUGGAAAUGGUGCUAAUGUCAUUAUUACAGCUGGUCGUCUGCUGUCCUGAACAUGGUGCACGCCUUUUGUCAAGUCGGUAGGAUGGUCAUUCAUAUAUGCUGCCAAAUGUCGGAGUGCAAAGGGGAGCUUUUGAACGGAAACUGAAGCUAUCUCAUUUUGUUGUACUAAAUUGGAAUUUUAUACAUACUUGGGUGUCAAAGCAAGUGCAUAUACGGUUAAAUUCUUUGUGUAUAAUUGGGAGAACAUAUUCAUAUAAUCCCCACUCUAGAUGACACUCGAUACUUAGCUUAAAACAGUUUUGUUUAGAACAGUUUGGUAUUAAAAUUUAUUUCCAAUUUAUACCUGUAACUUUUUACAAUGUAAUGUUUUUUGCAUUUAAAACAUUUCCCUUUUGAUA